AUGGCUCUCUGCACUGAUUGCUCGGGAAUGAGUUUCGAAAGUCUACUGGAAGGUCACACCCAUCUCCGAGAUGCUCGUCAGUUGCUCACGAGCUCCAAAACUUGCUCUCUGUGUCAUUUGAUUCGACUCGCUUUGAAUAGGGAUACAGUCAAAGAAGUGGGGAAUGAUUUUGAGACCGGGUAUUACGAUAGGGUAGCCGAAGCCCCUCUAGUGCUGUACGGAGUGUUCGAUGAGGAGGAAGAGCAUGACGCGGUCGAAAAGGCCAAGAAUGGAACGAAACUCGUUGGGAUUGAUGUACAUGUACCACUCAUGGAUGACGAGCUCGACAUCACGAUUUUAGGGGUUUAUCCAACAUCAACAUCCUCUACUGUCGACCUGAUUGGUGGGCGACCAAGUUUGCAGGAGGCUGGGUCAGAAGAAGCCAUGCAACUAAUUACGACAUGGAUGCAGGAUUGCAUUCACUCGCAUCCGCGUUGUGUGAGAACAACAUCUGAGCCGAAGCUUCCAACUCGCGUGUUAGAUCUUUCCGGAGAGAGCAUUCGCUUGGUCAUCACGCAGGAUCAACAAGACAGAUACGCAGCUUUGAGUCAUUGCUGGGGCCCGAAUCCACCGUUGAUGACGAAGACUCACAAUAUCGAUUCGCAUCGAAUGGGUAUAUCGUUCGGUGCGCUCCCCAAGACGUUUCAGCAUGCAGUGCAGAUUGUGAGGAGGAUUGGCCUCAGAUAUCUAUGGAUUGAUUCUCUGUGUAUCAUUCAGGAUGAUAAGAGCGACUGGGAAAGAGAAGCUAUUCAAAUGGGCAGCGUCUACGAAGGCGCGCAUGUUACUAUUGCAGCAACAGGAAGCUCGAACGCUUACGACGGCUGCUUUAUUCCCCGACCAAAGUUGACCGAUCCUGUUCCCUUCAACAUUGCCUAUCAGGGAACUUCUGUGGAUGCGUAUGCGGCCUUGCGCCCUGAAUCGGCUUCGGCGGACUUGCAGAGUAAUCCUUUGGCUGAUCGCGCGUGGAUCACGCAAGAAUGGCUCUUGUCGCGACGCAUCAUUCACUUUGCUAGAGGCGAUUUGCGCUGGAUCUGCCGCACAAAAAGUGAAACUGAGACCGGCGAAGCUUUCGUAGAUACGUCCGGCACGAAUCGCAUACACCGUGCUCUCGAUACCAAAGACCAGAAGGAUGAUUCUGCGCCAGGGGGAGAUCCGCACAGUAAGCGGCUCGAAUCCACCAAUGCUCAAGCCGAGUGGGACUUCCUAGACGAAUGGCUCGACGUCGCGAGCUCCUACUGUAGACGAAAGCUCACGUACCAGAGCGACAAGCCCAUUGCAUUGCAAGGCAUAAUCGAUGUGAUUUCUCGCCAAACCGUACUCACAUGCUUCCACGGCCUGUGGGACUUUUCCAUCCACCGUCAACUCUUCUGGUUUGCGUCCCACACGCUGACCCGACCCCCAACGCUAGCCCACAUACCCUCCUGGUCGUGGCUCUCAACGUACGGAACCAUACAGCACUUCACGCAAGACUCUUCCAGUGAACUCGCAGCCUUUGCAGAUUCAGAAAACAGAGCAUCGGUCCGCAUAGACGACGCAACGCUGCACAUCUACGCUCCAACGCUUGAACACGGGACCAUCGAAGGACCUUACAGCACCGAUAUUCCAGCCGGAGAGAUCGUAUACAGCGCCUCGACUAUAGAACGCAUCAAACAUGUUCAGACACAGAUGAAGCCGUAUCUAAGCCGUCAUCGUGGGGAUUGGUCGUUGGUAUGCCAACACUCCUUUGGGUUGCACGAUAAAAGGGGCGCGGCGAUAGGAUGGUUCUCACUGGACACGGCGAAACUUCCGGAUGGAAAUAUGGUUUUUGUACCACUUGUUCUGCAGGCUGCCAGUGCUGGGAGUCAGGCAAAUUUCUUGGUCUUGUGCAAAGAACCCGGGCGGGAGGUUUGGCUGAGGAUAGGGGCCGGUGAGUUGAAGGACGCAUCGUCGUUGGCAGAGGCGGAAUGGAGUCUCUUUCAGGUAGAAUAA